AUGGUGCACAUCCACAGCACCAUCCUUUUUUUCUUUGCUGCAUGCUGCCGGUUGCGUUUGGCGUUUUGUUUGGACCACUGCGGACAUUCGCUUCAAGUGUUGGACAGCGACGUGGGCGAGAUCAGGAGUUCCACUUACCACACUUACUCCUACCGUUUCGGUUCCACGUACGACUGCUGGCUCAUUAAAGGUUCCGUGGGAGAACCGGUCGUCCUCAGCUUCUCGCAGUUUUCGGCUCGGUGUAGGAAGGAGUGGCUGUCCAUCAAAUCGUCGGCCAGCGACACGCCGCUCGUUCUUUGUGGUUCAAAAUUGCCGCCGCCGAUGGAAUUCCCGUGGGGAAAUAUCACAGUGGUGCAUCACUUCUUGCCGCAUAUAUACCCAGUGUCGUCAUUUCGCUUGAGUUACGCCAGAGAUGGCUACUCUGGCGAAUGCCCACUGACGUCGUUCGAAUGCCUGAGUGGUCGUUGCCUCCCCCUAGCGUGGCGUUGCAACGGGCAGGUGGAGUGUCUGGGGGAAGGGGACGGACUCGGCACGGACGAGGAGGACUGUGGUGCUGAAGCGAUCCCGACCGGAACCGCGGAGAGGAACGGUGUCGGGGACUUUGAGGAUGAAAGUUCCUUUUUGAAAAGCCUGGAGGUUCACAAGUCCCAGGCGCAGGAUAGGAAAGAACCUGUCGUAACGCCCACUCCCAUCGAGUGGGCGUGCGGAGGACUUCUUCAGACCUUCUACGGGACUUUCUCUCCUCCUGCUCCUCGGGGCAUUCCUUUACUCUGCAUUUGGACUCUGGACCCGGAAGACCCCCGUCCCUUGAGGCUGGACCUGCAGCAGCUGGUGCUAGGACGUGGGGACACGCUCACGGUCCGGAACAGAGCGCAAGGAAAUGGAGACGUCAUUAAAAUUAUCACGAGCGCCUCCAAUUAUAAAUCGGUGCAAGUGGAGUCCCGCACCGGUCUGCUGUCUCUGACGUACGUGACGCUUCCCGGCUCGGAGGGAAGCGGAUUCAACGCGACCUUCCGUGUGGGGGGCUACUGCCCGCCCUGGGAAGGUCGCUGCGGCGGCUCCUCGGGGGGCUGCUUCACACGGGAGCAACGCUGCGACGGUAAAUGGGAUUGCCCCGAGACCGGCAAGGACGAGGAGGGUUGCCGGGGCUGCGGCAGGGACCGCUUCGCCUGUGGGAUCCCGGGCCAGAGGCCGGCGACGUCCGGACGCUUCGCCGGACGACCCGUGUGUUACAACGCCAGCGAGCGCUGCAACUACCAGUUAUAUUGUCCCGACGGUGGCGACGAGAGGGACUGCACGGUGUGCCAGCCCGGAACAUUCCACUGUGACAGCGACAGGUGCGUGUUUGAGAGCUGGCGAUGCGACGGCCAGGUGGAUUGCAAGGAUGGCACGGACGAACUGAACUGCACCAUUACCCUGCCUCGCAAGGUCAUCACCGCGGCGACGGUGGGCAGCCUGAUUUGCGGGCUGCUGUUGGUCAUCGCUAUGGGCUGCACCUGUAAGCUGUACUCGCUGCGGACCAGAGAGUACAGCAUGUUUGCGCCGUUCAACCGACAUGAGGCGGAGCUGAUUCAGCAGCAAGCACCGCCCUCUUACGGUCAGCUGAUUGCACAAGGCAUUAUACCCCCAGUAGAGGACUUCCCUACAGAGAGCCCCAAUGAGACUUCACCCUUAUCCCUGAGGGGAAUACUCCAGCUCCUUCGCCAGGACGCAGUCACGUCCCCGCACCGGAGACGCCGGCCCCGCUUCAUCCGCCGCGCCGUCCGCCGCAUGAGGAGGUGGGGUCUGAUUCCCAGGCAGCCGUCACGACCCUCUCAGGAGCCCGACGCAGGGCAGCGGCCGCCCGACGGGGCUCCUCCAUACCGGGAGCCGUCUCGCGUCGCUCCCGCCGGCUCCUCGUCUUCCGCAGAAUCCGCCGACCGACCUGCGUCUCGGAAAUUGGGCCUGUCGCCUCAGGCUCCGCCUCCAUCGUCGGUUUCCCCGCCUCCGCCUCCGUACGCGCCGCCCGCCCCGCCACUGGUGACGCCGCGAGCGACCGCCCCGCCGAACGUUCCCUCUCUGGCCUCCAUCUUCCACACGCUGAGCCUGAGCCUACCCUUGUUCAGACCGUCGCCCUCAUCCUCGCCCGGCAAUUCCGUGCCUCUCUCGGCCUCCCCUUCCUUCUCCUCGUCUUCUUCCUCGGACGACGACGUGCUGCUCAUCCCGCUCGCCGACGCCGCCUCAGACACCACCUCGGACACCACCUCGGACGAUGACGUGCCCAUGCUCACUUGA